AUGUCCUCGACUGAAUCGCUCAUUCGAACGUCAAUGAAACGAACGCGAGAUCUAUUCGGGUCUGAAUAUAUCUCCCCAGUUCCUUACGAACCGACACUUGAUGAUCCUGUGCAAGCAGCUGAAAAAGCUGGCUUGUCGUUCCGUAUGAACGCUGAGUACAAAGCAGUCCAAACUUUACCACCAGCCUUAGAAGCAAAGCAGAAGGCUGCCACUGCCGCUGCCAGAGGCAAGAGGAGGAAAGCGGAAGAUGGCGACCAAUCCUCGACAGCAAAGAUGAUUGAGGGUAUUGCCGCCAAGUCAGAGAACGCGGCUGGCACGUCAACUGCGCUGGCCUUGCGAAAUGGUAACACAGGCUCGAUGCCGGGAGCUCAAUCGUCCUCUAGCUUGGUACGCCGUCAAAACAUCCAGCAAGUGAGGCCGGAGUGGCAUGCACCUUGGGAGCUGAUGCGGGUAAUAUCUGGUCACUUGGGAUGGGUUCGAGCUCUUACUGUUGAGCCAAAUAAUAGGUGGUUUGCCAGCGGCGCCGGAGACCGUACCAUCAAAAUAUGGGACUUGGCUUCGGGCUCCUUGAAGGUUACUUUGACCGGUCACAUAUCUACAGUCCGUGGUCUGGCUGUCUCGCCUCGGCAUCCAUAUUUGUUUUCAUGCGGUGAAGACAAACAAGUCAAAUGUUGGGAUCUGGAGACCAAUAAGGUCAUUCGACAUUAUCAUGGCCAUCUGAGCGGUGUGUACACCUUAUCGCUUCACCCCACCUUAGAUGUACUAGUUACUGGAGGUCGAGAUGGUGUUGCGCGGGUCUGGGAUAUGCGCACUCGAAGCAAUAUCCAUGUUCUUAGCGGACACACCCAAACAGUAUCAGAUUUGAAAUGCCAGGAGGCAGACCCACAAGUCAUCACUUCUUCCUUGGACUCCACAGUCCGCCUCUGGGAUCUGGCGGCGGGCAAGACCAUGGGCGUACUCACUCACCAUAAAAAGGGCGUACGUGCACUGGCGGUGCAUCCUACAGAGUUCACGUUCGCUAGUAGCAGUACCGGCAGUAUCAAACAAUGGAAAUGUCCGGAAGGCGCAUUUAUGCAGAAUUUCGAAGGACACAAUGCCGUGAUCAAUACCCUCGCUGUCAACGAAGACAACGUCAUGUUCUCGGGAGGAGACAAUGGGUCGAUAUCUUUCUGGGACUGGAAGAGUGGGCAUAAGUAUCAGAGCGUGGAGACUACUGCGCAGCCUGGGAGCUUGGAUGCUGAAGCGGGCAUCUUCUCGAGCACUUUCGACAAGACUGGGCUAAGACUGAUCACAGGCGAAGCGGACAAGACAAUCAAAGUGUGGAGACAGAACAGUGAGGCGACGCCAGAGAGUCAUCCGCUGGACUGGAAACCCACAUUGUCGCGGCAGAAGUAUUAG